AAGCUGGUCAAGAACGACCACCAUGUCUCAGCCGACCAGUCCAUCCAACCCAGCCUCAACCCACACAGGAGCCCAGGAUGAAGGAAAACAAACAAACAUAGAGCUAGUUCAAGUCUUACAAGGUCAUAGCGAUCGAGCAUGGUCCGUUGCCUGGCAUCUGACUCGUCCCAUAUUGGCCUCAUCUUCAACGGACAAGCAAUUAAGGCUAUAUCAAUACCAUCUCAGGCCGAACCCCUUGGACGCGAAGACCCCCAAACUAGAAUUCCAGUACAUCGAUUCGAUCCCUAGUGCCCAUACUCGUACCGUUCGGUCGAUCGAUUGGUCUCCCAAGGGUGACCUCUUGGCCUCUGGUUCAUUUGACUCGACAGCGUCGAUUUGGACCAAUCACAAUUUCGAUCGAAGACUCGAUCAAGCCGAUGCUCUGGACUCGGAAGACGAACCAGGAAGAGCUGGAUCGCCCAUCCUUGAUGGCGAGGGAGAGGGCGAAGAGAGCUGGGAGUGUUUGAUGUCACUCGAAGGGCAUGAGAGCGAAGUCAAAGGAGUCGCAUGGAACCGGAACGGAAACCUAUUGGCAACCUGCUCUCGGGAUAAGAGCGUAUGGAUCUGGGAGAUCCUGGUCGGAAAUGAGUCGCAGGAUCAUCAGAACGUGAUCCAGGAUGAUGAAGGCUACGAAGUGAUCUCAGUCUUAAUGGAACAUGAGCAAGACGUCAAAUCGGUCUGUUGGUCACCAGUAGAAGACCUGUUAUGCUCGACAUCCUACGACAACAACAUUCAUCUCUACGCCGAAGAUGUGACAGCCGAUGGGGAUUUUACCUUGUUACAUCGUCUGAAAGGUCACCAAUCUACCGUCUGGGAUUCCAGCUUCUCGCCCUGUGGCGAAUUCUUGGCAUCCUGCUCAGACGAUCUCUCGAUUCGCAUCUGGCAUCGAGAAAAACUCCCUCAAGGUGGGGUCGAAGGAAGAGACGGUGGUCUGACGGGCGGAUGGCGAAUCGGUCGAAGUGAACGGGAACGAUGGACCUGCAUCUCUGUGCUUUCUGGAUACCAUUCUCGGACGAUAUAUUCCAUCGAUUGGACGUUCGCUCAACUUCCACAGCACACCGAUUCACAAUCCCUGGGCAUGAUCGUGACUUGUGGCGGAGAUGGGAUUAUCAAUUUGCUCAAACUUUCAAAAGGUGUUCCAGUCUCCGGCUUGGACAGCUCAUCGGCCCAACCGGACGUCGUUCUUCUAGCCCAACGUAAGAAGGGGCAUGGAACCAGCGAUAUCAAUGAUGUUGUCUGGUGUAAACUCAAAGCCCCCACCUUAUCAUCAUCUAAUCCUGAGCAGACUGAUUGGCGGACUGGGGUCCAUCAUCUCUUUGCUAGUUCCGGUGAUGAUGGAUCAGUUCGGGUUUGGAGGAUCACCGAAAAUUAAAUCGAGUCUCUUUCAAAAAAAAAAGUCAAAAUAAAAGCAUGUAUAUAAUAAGCCCUGUCUUUUCUCUAAUACAUAUGACUUCCAUCUUGCCUUGAUCCCACAGAAGUCUCA